AGCAGCGGCGCAGUCGUGCACGGUCGCCGGUGUGAUCGCCAUCAUGUCGCGGGAGUUCGAGCUGUGUCCCGGGCGCCGCAUUGGCGGGGAUCAUCCAUGCUUCAUCAUCGCGGAGAUUGGGCAGAAUCACCAGGGCGACCUGGCCAUCGCCAAGCGCAUGAUCCGCAUGGCCAAGGACUGUGGAGCAGACUGUGCUAAGUUCCAGAAGAGUGAACUGGAGUACAAAUUCAACAAGAAAGCCUUGGAAAGGCCCUAUACUUCUAAACACUCCUGGGGAAAGACCUAUGGGGAGCACAAACGCCACUUGGAGUUUAGUCAUGAACAAUAUAGAGAGCUGAAGAAGUAUGCAGAGGAGAUCGGCAUUUUCUUCACAGCUUCGGGCAUGGAUGAGAUGGCUGUUGAAUUUUUACAUGAACUGGAUGUUCCAUUUUUCAAAGUAGGCUCAGGAGAUACAAACAAUUUUCCAUAUUUGGAAAAGACUGCAAAGAAAGGUCGCCCAAUGGUGAUUUCCAGCGGGAUGCAGUCAAUGGACACAAUGCGUCGGGUCUAUGAGAUUGUGAGGCCCAUCAAUCCCAACUUCUGCUUCUUGCAGUGCACCAGCGCAUACCCACUUCAGCCAGAGGAUGUCAAUCUCCGUGUUAUAUCGGCAUAUCAGUCAUCUUUUCCUGAUAUCCCCAUUGGUUACUCGGGGCAUGAGACUGGCAUAGCCAUUUCAGUGGCAGCGGUGGCUAUGGGUGCUAAAGUAGUGGAACGCCAUGUGACUCUCGACAAAACAUGGAAAGGAAGUGACCACCAAGCAUCUCUGGAGCCAAAUGAACUGGCAGACUUGGUGAAAGCCAUCCGUACUGUGGAAAAAGCUAUGGGCUCUCCAGUCAAACAGCUCUUGCCCUGCGAAAUGGCUUGCAACGAAAAGCUGGGAAAAUCUGUUGUGGCAAAAGUGACAAUUCCUGAAGGUGCAGUACUGACAUGUGAGAUGAUGACAGUGAAGGUGGGAGAGCCUAAGGGAUUUCCCCCAGAAGCCAUCUUUGACCUAGUGGGAAAGAAGGUUAAAAAACAUAUUGAAGAAGAUGAAACUAUCACUGAAGAAGCAGUAGAAAACCAUGUCAAGAAAGUGAAGUGCUAAACCAAAGCAUUCCAUUCUAUAUUUCAUGAUGCAGUAUUGCACUACUGCCCAACAUAUUAAAGUAUAGCAAUGUGGUAGAUUAGAAGGGGUGUAAUUAUGGGGAUCCAAGCAGGUUGGAAUUUUCAGAUUCUAACUAGCAGGAAGCUUUUGAAGCAAGCAAAAAUAAGUUAUGAAGAGCAAUUUUAUUAGAAACCAUGUACCAUUAUGUCUAGAAUACAUGAUGCUCCUCCUUUCUCCAUCCCAUUUAAUCUAAUUUGGAUUUUUUUCACAUGUAAGGCCACAGUAUGUUGUGUUCCAGCUUUCCUUUUCUGGUACAAAUACAGUAAAUCACAGUAUUUUGUUUGCUCUGUGAAUUGUUCUUAUCCCACACCUUUUGAUGUUCCUCCCUUUUCUGCUGUUUUCCUUGCACCUGUAGUUAUCAGGAUGCUAGCUGGAGUUGAAUGCAGUUAAGUGAAAGUUUACAUACACUGAGCAGAAAACUGCACAUGCAACCUGAUAGAUUUUUCUCAAGAUAAAAGCUUUAAAAGUCUCAAGAUAAGGCAGUGGGCUGCAAAAAUCUACAGUACUGUA